UCUGCACACCUCACUUGCGAGGCGCGUUACUCACUACGAGCUGUACACAGCCAGCAGAUGGAGGGUAAACUCGGCGCCGCUGUCGUGGCCAAGCAGGUGUUGGUGGGAGUGGUGGCGGUGAUGGGCGCCGUCUGCUCUGGGGGCUCCCUGGCCUUCUCCGCGGUGGCGCUGCCGCAGCUGCAGGGUGACCAGGACCAGCUGGACGCCGACCAGGCCUCGUGGUUCGCGAGCCUGUCGUCGAUGUGCACGCCGGUGGGCUGCGUGGUGUGCGGGCUGCUGCUGGACCGGCUGGGCCGGCGAAGGCUGCUGCUGCUGCUGGACGCGCCCUUCCUGGCCGGCUGGCUGCUGCUCGCCCUCUGCCCGCAGCCCGCCACCGACCACGCCGCACAGCUCUACGCCGGCCGCCUGCUCACCGGGCUCGCCACAGGCCUUGCGAGCGUGCCGGCGACGGUGUACCUGGGAGAGACGGCCCCGCCGCGGCUGCGCUCCACGUUCGUGACGUGGACGUCGCUGUCCAUCUCCGCGGGCAUCCUGCUGGCGUACGCGCUGGGGGCGGCGCUGCCCUGGAGGGCGGCGGCCGGCGCGUGGGCGGCGCUGCCGGGGGCUGCGCUGCUGCUGACGUGGCUGCUGCUGCCGGAGUCGCCUGCGUGGCUGGCGCGCCGGGGGCGGAGCGCCGAGGCGGAGGCGGCUUUGCGGAGGCUGCGCGCCCAGCCUCCGACCGGGCCGCUGUCUCCUGCCGUUGCGGCAGAGCUGGCCCUCCUGCGGGCGCUGGAGCCUGUACUGGCACCUGCCCACAGCGCGCCGCCGCCGAGCCUCGGAAAGGGGGGCCUGGCAAAAGAACUGGCGGCAGCUGCAGCUGCAGCUCCAGUGACAACAGACGGUUCCAUUAACACGCCACCAGGUAAACACCUAGUGGAUGCUGAAGACAGUGGCCGUCACUCGACAAACAGUCAGACAGGCGAAAAAGAAGAAAAUUGGAGCAAUUGUGAGCUAAGAGACGGUAGCGGCGCCGAAUACCGUCCAUCGGUCCAGCAGAAACCUGACGACUCGAACCACCUCGACGUCUCAGCACGUACGAGUAUCAGAAGCAACCACUCGGCACAGCAUUCUUUACACGGGCAUUCUAACCUCGCCUUUGAAGAAGAUGCUGUCGCAAGCCCAGUAUUCGAUCACGGACUGCACUCCCCCAUUCGUGUAGCAGAUCGGAGUCAAGAUGGUGAUCUACAAACAGUUCAGUGGACAGGCAAUAAAAGUGAAGAUAAACCGACUCAUUCCUGUGGCAGUAUGGAUGUCACAGGGAAGCAUCCACCUGUGAGCACUGCUGCCUCUCAUCUGCAGACCAAUGGCCAUUUCUCAUUACAUCAAAAAAGCUGUGCUUCACCAUCAGAUGAAGAAAGUAAUGUAGCAGAUGAAGUGUGUGAGACUACAUCGAGAUGCAAGCUGGUGACCCUUCUGAGCAGGAUGUGGUUACUAUUGCGUGACCCUGCUGUCUGGAGGCCUUUGCUGCUACUAAACAUGUAUUUCCUUUUCAUGCAGCUUGCUGGUGUUUAUGUGGUUGUGUCCUAUGCUGUGGACAUUGUGACUAAUGCAGGAGUGGUUAUUGAUGCAUACAUGGCCACAAUCAUGCUUGGUGGUGUACAGCUUGUCUCUAGCCUUGUUGUCAGCUACAUUGUUACCAGAUGUGGUCGUCGGCCAUUAUCAAUCAUCUCUGGUGCUGGCAUGAUGCUUUGCAUGUUGGGACUCUCAAUCUACCUGCAACUAGCUGACCUGUCUGCCACUAAUAAAUCUGCAGUUACAAUGCUACCACUUAUACUUCUUGUCCUUUAUGUGGUGUUUGGUGCACUGGGUUUCCACACACUACCAUGGGCACUGCUGGGUGAAGUCUUUCCUGCACACGCACGUGGGCCUGCAGCUGGAGCCACCACAUGUCUCGCAUACCUGGCAAACUUUGCAGCACUCAAACUGUAUCCUUCAUUGGCUGCAGCCCUGACAACUGACAGAGGUGAUGGAGAAUGGACAUCACGAGAUGUCUUUUUGUUCUUUGCAGCAACUUCACUUGCAGGAACUAUUUUUGUGGGCCUAUUGUUACCAGAGACAUACAGGCGUUCCCUGCAAGAGAUUGAGAAUAAUUUCCGACACGGUAAUAUCUUACAGGUUUGUGUCUCAACAUCAAAGAAAGAGAGUGAGGAGGCAUUCAAAGGAGUUUGAAUGAAAAGUGGCUGGUGUCAAUGCACAUAAUUUUGCAGUGCUAUGCCCUCUGCAUUUACUGAGAUACUACCAUAUGAAUUUUACCAGAUUAUAACUCAGUGAGGUUUAAGGAAAAGCUGGUAUGUGGGCUUAAAGGCACAGCCAUGAGAAGUGGCCAGUUUUGAAAAAGAAACAUAUGAAUAAUAUUUUCCAGCUGUUGUAUUGUGAAGUGGAGCUUCUUAGAGAACUAUUUUAAGCUUGGUUUUCUGAGUUUAUUUGAGCACAAGUAUUUUCAUUAGAAUGGGCAUCUUGUUCAUAUGUCUUUGGAAUCUUAGUGCUAAAUGAUCUGCUCUUUGACUUGACAAGGAUAAGGUCCUGUAUCAUCUUAAUGUCACACAAGAAUAAAAUGCACUUAUUAUUAUUAUUAUUAUUAUUAUUAUUAUUAUUAUUAUCAUAAUCAUUGUUAUUAUUAUUAUUUUACUUUUUGAUGUCUGAAAGUAAUUAAGAAUCUCUGUUUUUUUAUGUUAAAUAGUACUUUCUUCGAAAAGCAUUAUCUGUGAUAUGUAUAUGUAAAAACAGUUAUUAUGGAAGUUCCCUCAUUUACUUCCAAUAUAAAUCAAAAAUUAAAUCUGUGGGCUUUCUGGAGCAGCUAUUGCACCGUAGUCAGAUUGUAAAUAGUGUCAAGUUGUUUAGGCCCUAAUGUAACCAAUAUUUUUCAAAAAUUUGUGCUACUAAGCUCAGGUACUGUGAUAGUGCUAUUGCACACUGCUAAAAUGUGGUGCACAAGAAAAUUGUUCUGACAUCAUUCAGAGCUGCGUAAGUGAAUUUGACUUACAAUAAUCAUGAGCAUCCAAGGGAGAUUUAGUGAAGAAAGAUGCCGCCCACAUUCGACAAGUUGAAAUGGCUGAAAAAUCAUAGAGAUGAUGGACAGUUCAGUUCCUUUUUGAUGAUGUUAAUUAGAAUUUUUGUAGAGGAACCCCUUUAAAUGUUUUAGUAGUUCCACUUCUGAAUGUAACUCACUCUUGCCUUUGGUAACUUAACUUCCAAAUCACAAUGGAAGCUUUAACUACUUCCUGAUACUAAAAUAACCUUACUCAUUAAUUAAAUUUGUACUGAAUUUUACUCAGUCUUGCCAUUUGUAGCUUUCAUAUCAUAAUGCAAGAUUUCAUUUCAUUCUCAUUACAAAUACAUGUAAUUUUAGUCAUUAUGCUACCAUUUCAUGUAAAUAAUGCUUCUGUUGAUGUUGCCAUUACAUUUUAUUUUAUUUUGAGAAGAAUACCAUUCACUUGAACCACUCUUUAGACAUAUUUUCUAAUAUGUAUACCUGUCUAGCAACACAUAGCAAAAUUUUGUUGUCCAGAUGUUGCAUCUUCAGGAAAAAGUAAAACAAAAUUAGAGGUAAACAAAUGUGGAAACUCUGAAGAACAUGAGAAAGGACUGAAAUAUAUUCAGUGAUAGAACUUGAUCAGAAUCAAACAUCACUAAAUUUGUUAAUAUAAAUUAGUUAAUGACUGAUCAGUAUUUCUUCUGAUCUCAUAGUGGUAAAAAUGGUGGACCAAUUUCUUAUAGCACAGAUCACAGUCUGUGAUGUGUCAAAAGAAUACUGAGUGUGUAAAGAUGGAGUGCAUUGUUAUUGCAGAGAAUGAUGGUAAGUGUGUAAAGAUGCAGGGCAUUGUUAUUGCAGAGAAUGAUGGUAUAUAUAAUGCAGAGAAAGCUGUUUAUGUUAAUAAUGUCCAUAAUAAUGGGAAGCAGAGAAACAAAAAUAAUACUAAUUGUUUUUAGUUUCAUCAAGAAUUCAACAGCACACACAAUUUUAAAACUCAGACUACACACUUUUUGUUGCCAAGUGAGAGAACACAUCUCCAUUUAAAUUUAUAGUCCCUCUUACACUGAAACAUAAAAUACACUCUGUUAAAGUGUGGAGUGCAGUGGAUCAUAGGCCCAUGCACUAGAAACAGGAGGGAUGAUCCUCCAAAUGAUAUAUGAAAUCAAGCAUGAAAGGACUAAGUCCUACAAGUAGGAGAGAUCCAUGUGAUGUCCACCUGUUACAGUAGUUGGAAGGAGAUAUGCUAUGGAUGGACAGUUUGUCUCAAUGGCUAUAAUUUAUUA